CAACAUUAAGAAGAUUUUGAAUUUUCUUUAGAAGAAGCAUGCAAGAAAAAUUUCAUGGAGACUAUAAAACCGCCUGGAGAACAUCCAUGCCUGCAAGCAUACAAGCAAAGUGCCGCCAUGAAAUCUGCUGAUCAAAAGCUUGGCUUCAAAAGGAAGAGCAGCAGGCUUCUCGUGGAGGAUCACCCCGAGAACAAACGUGCUCAUGUUACACAAGAUGAUAAAGAAAAACAGGACGGCCGCAACACGGGCACUGUGGUUACACAAGAUGAUAAAGAAAAACAAGAUGGCUACAAGACGGUCAAGUCUCAGGGCGUGGGAUACGGAGUCGGCCAAGGCAGUGGUACUGGUAUUGGUACUGGCAUUGGCUAUGGUACUGGCAUUGGCUAUGGAACUGGGUCCGGAAGUGGUGGAACUGGGUAUGGGUAUGGUUUCGGGGCGGGUGGUUAUGGUGGUCACGGCGAAGGAAUAGGAAUUGGAUAUGGGGCAGGAGGAAACGGGUGUGAGUCUGGAGGAGGUAAUUGUCAAAAUCCAACUUGCGGUGGUUCUUCUACUUGUGAUGAAUUUCCGGGUAUACCAAUCCAAGUUCCGGACCUUCCGAGGAUUCCCAUCACUGUUCCGGUCCCGUUACCCAACAGGCCAAUACCAAUACCAGACGAGCCUUGCCCGGUUGUUCCUAACCCUCCGGCCACCAGAUGUGUACCUUGUAGUGGCAAUUGUGAACCAGAACCACCAUGUGUAUAUCGUCAAAUGAAGACAGAUAGUCACCAAGCUGGUGAAUCCAACAGAGAUCAUGUAACAGAAGACGUCUGGAUUGCCCAAGAACCCGCCCCAUCAUACUUUGCAUUGGACACCCUCAUGGCUGACUCUACCACAAGCUGACCAUAUUGGUAGACAGGGUUUUCAUGGUUAGACACAUCAUGUAAAAUCUUAAUAAGAGCUUCAAAGCCAUAAAGGGUCAAUUGAAUAAAACUUGCUUGACAGAUUGCUUUCUUUUAUAAACAUUAGUAUUAAUACUAAUCUUAUAUGGGAUCACUUACAUUC